CGGACGCGGAGUCGGAGCCGGCGGACUUCGCAAAUUGCAGGACUUCUCAAACUCGAACGAGGCAGACUCAAAACUCGUCAGAACCAAGGCUUGUUCAACAACUUGUUCACGCGAGCUCUCUUUGUCGAGACUCAAGAGGCUCGGGAGCUUGGUUCCGUGCAUUCCUGGUCAGUUGGAAGCUAUUACAAGCAAAAGAAAUCUAUGACCCUAAAAAAUUUGAAGCGGGAGGAAAUAUUGAAAGAAAAGGAGGAAGUUCACGGAAUUUGAGCCAGAUUACGGAUCUGAUACUGAGAUUGAAAGCAAGGAGCGUACGGCCCCGAACCUGAAGUGAAGGCGAAUGCGGCAGGGCGGCUUCUCAACACCGUCAACAUCGCCGUAACAGCUGUACCCUAUGUGAAGGCUCCAUUUGCCAACCCGUGAAGGGAUAGUCCAGUAGCGAGACUCCUCAAUUAGCCUGGUCUCUGGCUUGCAUGCAUCCGGCCCACUCGAAUGCGCUCAAGUAAAUUGGACCUUGAGAUCAUCAUUUAUCAGGCAGCAGCUGUCACUCCUAGAGUAGACGAUCCUACAUCCCACUUUGAAACAGUAACCUUUAGGACUAGUAACUAGGAGCAAAGGAGUGCUUCUUCAAACAAACUGAAGCAGCUCGCAAUCUCAUUUAGCAACAGGACUCGUAGGGCUCCUUCUAGGGUCCACACACCAUGGCAGUCGAUAGUCGAAGCAACGGCUUAACAGAGCCCCUGAACCCCUCCCACGAGCACCUUCAUGAGGAUCAUGAAGAGACUUGGGCGGAUGUCGGGGAAGAGGCGAAGGAGCAGUUAAACCUGGCGUACCCAAUCAUUGGAAUGAACGUGGUUCAGCUACUGCUGGUGCUCUCGUCCGCGGCGUUUGUGGGCCAUCUCGGAGCGCUCGCUCUCGCCAGCGCACAGCUGGCGACGUCGCUGGCGAACGCGACUGGGCACUAUCUCCUGAUUGGCAUGUCCCUUGGCCUCGAGACGCUUGGCGGGCAGGCGGUCGGGGCCGGCAACCUCCACGAGCUCGGCUAUCUGACACAGCUCACCGUCGUCGUCCAACUCACGAUGGCCGUCCUGAUCAGUAUCGCCUGGCUCUUUGCCGAGCCUGCCCUGUUGGCGUUGGGUCAGGACCCGACAUUGGCGGCCAAUGCGGCACAGUACAUGCAUCUGCUGAUCCCCAGCGUGUUCGCAAACGCGUGCACCCAACCGCUGAUCAAGUUCCUGCAGUCCCAGGGGAAAACGACGCCGCUCGCAUGGGCUGCGAGCCUCACAUUGGUGCUGCAUGUGCCCAAUAACUGGUUCUUCAUCUUCAAGCUGGGGUGGGGCCUGGACGGCGCAGCGAUCGCAACCAGCCUUGCGUACACGCUCAUGUUUUUGAUGCUGCUGGCGCACGUCUGGACCAGCAGAUCGUACGACCAAGCCAAGCCGCCGCUCGACUUCUCGCGCGCGUUCCAAAAGACGGGCCUUUUCCUGCAACUCGGCACCUUUUCUACCAUCAUGAUGUGCCUGGAGUUCAUCUCGUUCGACUUCAUCUACAUCAUGGCCGGCUGGUUGCCGGACCCGUACACCACCGUUGCGGCGCUCUCUGUCGCUAUGAACACGGCUUGGCUCCUGGCAACAGGAUAUAUUGGACUGGGCAACGCUGUCAGCACCCGUGUCGCCACCGAGCUCGGGCGCGGGUCGGCCGUGCUGGCGCGCAAGGUGGCCCACGUGGGCCUCAGCGUGGCGCUCGCGCUGGGCGUGUUCUGCAUGACGUCACUGAUCAUCCUGCACACCAAGUGGCCGCUCAUCUUCGUCGACGGCUCCGACAAGAAGUUGCUGAAGCUCGCGCAGCAGCUCAUGCUGUUCGUCAGCUUUGCGUCACUGGGGGACUCCAUCCAAAACAGCUCUGGUGCCAUAAUCCGGGGGUGCGGGCGGCAGAUGCUGGGCGCGUCCAUCACGCUCGCGAGCUACUACCUCAUCGGGCUGCCCAUGUCGGUGCUCAUGGGACUCGUCUGGAAGUGGGGCGCCUUUGGCCUUCUGGGGGGCUUCGUUAUUGCCACCUUCAGCCAGGCGGUCUUCCUGUCCGUUGUGGUCUCCAUGACGAACUGGCGAAAACAGGUCGAGGCCGUGAAGCUGCGAGAGGAAGAAGACCGGAAAAAGGGGAUCACCCAUCGUCCGGUCCUGCAUUAAUGACCAUGUGGUCAGACUAGCGCUUCUCUCAAGUCUUGUUACCUGCUCGUUAGUUGGAUACGUGUUGAUAGGAAGAAAUGCGAACUUUGACAGCAGACUUCAUGAGGGUUUUUAACUAAAGCGCUUGGUCAUGCUAACAAAAGAACUGGGUAUGCCGUCUAGUCCGCAGGUCAGGUUGAACAUCAGGGCGGAUUGCUGUCAGUCUCGAGUCGUUAGAGAGAGACGUUGAAGUCUGAAGUGUUGAUUCGUCGAGUUGAUCGGGGACCACAUUUGUCUCCUUGGGUCUUUCGGUGCAAAAGUGCGCUUCUCUGCUUUCAAGAAAGUUGGUGCGCGAUGAUUGGCGGACCGGUUGGUUUGCGGUGUGACUGCCUUGGACUGUAGAUGGCGCCAAUCGAAGUACGUCAAGUGGCCAAAUGCUGGGUGUGCUGCAAAGUGCAAUUUCUGCUGUACUGGCUGACUAUCUCCAUGAAAAUCCUUAAGCCUCGGCC